CGCUGUCGAGGGUUUCGCGAAUUUACAUUAUUUGCGACGAAACAUUGACACCGGGGUGGACAUUUCAGUACCAUUGUAAACACCUUCCAGUGAGCAUACCGCUCGGAAUAGCUAUACCAACCCAGUGAACCACCAGCAAGUCAUAAAAAGCAGUAGAUCGAAAACAGAUUAAAUUGUGCGUCAGCGCGGUUUUUUUUUCUUCAGUGGAAUAAAUCUUACAUGUUCAAGUCGUUGAAGGUCACGAUCACCCAAGCAACUAUCGUUGAACGUUUACAAGAGACCUUGUCCUUAGCCAUUGUUCAUGGUAGGUUCGCAGACUGCUGAAAACAGUGUAACGGAAGAAGUACGAAUCAGAUGACGAACAGUGCUGAACCAAAACAUGAAAAGGCUGACGUCAAACAGCAGCCCAUUCGACCCCACUGGACCGGUUCAAGCAAGUCGGAUGUCAGCAACUACAUCUUCGGCAAUAUGAAGGCCAGCAUGACAGAUGUGCCCGCUCAAACGGCGGCCGGCUCCACACUGCCCCUGGUUGGCAUGCCCCGAGAUGACGAGGAAGCCGGAUCGUACAAUCCCUUCGAGAACCGGAAGCUAACUCACCCCACCACGGACACGGAUACUCUGGUCCACCUGCUGAAGGGAUCCCUGGGCUCGGGAAUUCUCGCCAUGCCGUUAGCCUUCCUCAACGCAGGCCUGUGGUUCGGACUGGGAGCGACAGUGGCGAUCGGUGUGAUCUGUACCUAUUGUGUUCACAUUCUCGUGAAGUGUGCUCAUUUGCUGUGCCGGAGGGCGCAGGUUCCUUCGCUUGGCUUUGCCGAUGUUGCCGAAACUGCCUUCCUGGCUGGUCCUGAUGGAAUCAAGAAAUACUCUCGACUGGCGAGAUUCAUCAUCAACAUGUUUCUGGUGCUGGAUUUGCUGGGCUGCUGCUGCAUUUAUAUUGUGUUCGUGGCGACCAACGUGAAACAGGUGGUUGACUAUUACACCCACAGCCACUUGGAUGUACGGUACUACAUUGUACUGACACUGGUUCCGCUAAUUCUCGUUAAUCUGAUCAGGGAACUGAAAUAUCUGACCCCGUUCUCGGCAAUCGCUAAUAUCCUCAUCGGAACCGGCGUUGGCAUUACUCUGUACUACAUUCUGCAAGAUCUACCCGAGUUCUCGGACCGCAAAGCCAUCGCAGAGGUCCAGCAUAUGCCAAUGUUCUUCGGAACUGUCAUUUUCGCACUGGAGGGCAUCGGCGUUGUUAUGUCGCUGGAAAACAACAUGAAAACUCCACAGCACUUCAUCGGCUGUCCCGGUGUGCUGAACAUCGGCAUGAGUGUUGUUGUGACGCUGUACGCCUGCGUUGGUUUCCUUGGGUACCUGAAGUACGGUGAAGACACGAAGGGUAGCGUCACGCUGAACCUGCCAGUGGAGGACAUCCUCGCUCAAGCGGUGAAACUGAUGAUCGCCGUUGCCAUCUUCCUUACCUACACGCUGCAGUUCUACGUGCCGAUGGAAAUUAUCUGGAAGAAUGUGAAGCAUAACUUCAACGAGCAUAAAAAUGCCGCCGAAUAUAGCAUUCGCAUUGGGCUUGUGGUUCUCACCGUUGCCAUUGCGGCCGCACUGCCAAACCUCGGACCCUUCAUUACUCUCAUCGGAGCCGUCUGUCUCAGCACUCUGGGCCUAAUGUUCCCGGCGGUGAUCGAAAUGGUUACGUACUACGAAAAACCCGGCUACGGACGCUUCAACUGGGUCCUCUGGAAGAACAUCUUCCUGAUUCUGUUCGGGGUGAUCGGUUUCGUUACGGGUACCUACGUCAGUAUCCUGGAGUUCUCCGAGCAUUUGGAGGAAGUUUAAGGCAGCGAAUCGUUCCAGCAAGAUAUUGGGCAUACUUCCAAUCGAAUUUAUAUAGAACCGAGUGGCUAGCUCUCUCGAAUUCCUCCCCCCGCGCGUUUGGAAGUAUGCACCACGGAUCGGAAGUGCACGUGAUGGUGUCCCGUAUCUCCUUAUUCGAGAGAAAACAAAGACCACAAGUAGCAGAGCGAGCGAGAUUGGUUGGAGUUGCUGUCGUCCACGCCUGUACGGACGGGCAACUACGCGCCAUAUGGGCAGCAGCCAGUCUUACGACUGGAGAGUUCGGUGGUAUCCAAAACACGUGUCACUUCUACCCACGCGUGCUUCCCUAGCGGGAAGCGUGUUUAGGUUAAUGAUUUUUUUUUUUUUUUCAUUUUACAAAACAGAAUUUUAAGUUUUCGAACAAAACAAAUUAGGACUACUUCGAAUCAAAUUCGGUUUUAUUUCGUCAAAAAUAUACUGGCUAUUGCUUGACAGACUUUCACUACGAAUUUCAUUAGUUUUAGUGAUAUAUUGGUUACAUAUUUAGUACGUAGAACCGGAACCAUUGUGAUUUGAACCUAUCUCUAUAUACCACUAGAGCAUAAGGCAAAGAUUUGUUUAUUUGUAUCGAGGUACGCUAGUGCUAGUGAAUGUCAUAAAUUAAAGCUAUUUCUCGAAUAGCAGAGAAGAAACAAAUGAAUAACUCCCAGUUCGUGAGGACGGAUCAUAUCAAUUGAAGGAAAAUUUACCAGAGUAGAAACACAAUUGAAUAACAUUAACUCAAAAACAAAAACACAAUAUGCAAAAUUGAAGCUAUUGUCUUCCAUCGCCAUCCAACGAAAUUGCUUUGAGUAGCAGCCUGAUAACGGAAACCGAAGAAAAAGGACUCAUAAGUAAUAAUGUUCCUAAUAUUUGAUAUAUAUCAUGUUGUUAAACUAAAUGAGUUUCCAAAGGCUGGUCCUUGCACGAGGAUCGUCCGAUGAUAUAUGUAGUGAAUAAUUGUAGGUCAAGCAUGCAGACAAGCUUUCGAUGAAAUGUUUAAGAGUAAGUGAAGCCUAGCUCACUGUACAGAAGUAAGAUAUACUAUUAACGCACCUAAAAGUGAUUUAAUCAAAUACAUAGUGAAUGAUAUUUUGUUCA